GGCCCCAUUAAUGUGAAUACUGAUAUUUUAAGUUAUAAACAAAUAGAAGAUCAAAAUCCAGAUCUUCAACUUGGAGGACAUUACUCUCCUACCAAGUGUAAAGCUCGUCACCAUGUUGCAAUACUCGUACCUUAUCGUGACAGACAAGCACAUUUAAAAAUAUUUCUUCAAAAUAUCCAUCCAUUCUUACAAAAACAACAGAUAGAUUAUAGUAUUUAUAUUAUAGAAAUGGUAUCAGGAGUGAAAUUUAACCGUGCCAUGUUGUUCAAUAUUGGAUAUGUAGAGUCUUCCAAACUUUAUAAUCACACGUGUUUCAUCUUCCAUGACGUUGAUCUGGUACCAGAGAACGAUCUCAAUAUUUAUUCAUGUUCUGAAGACCAUCCACGACACAUGUCAGUAGCUAUUGAUAAAAUGCAUUAUAAAUUACCUUAUAAUCAAAUAUUUGGAGGAGCAAGUGCCAUGACAAAAGAUCAGUUUGAACUAGUUAAUGGUUUCAGUAAUUUAUAUUUUGGAUGGGGAGGUGAAGAUGAUGAUAUGUACAACAGAAUUGUUCACAAUAAAAUGAAUAUAAUACGCUUUUCAUCAGCUGUAGCCAGAUAUAAAAUGUUGUCACAUGCCAAAGAUUCACCUAAUCCAGUCAGAAGCAGGUUAUUAAAACAGAGUGAUAGGAGGUUUAAAACUGAUGGUUUAAACAGUUUAGAUUAUGAAGUAUUAAAGAUAUCAAAACGGCAACUUUACACUUGGAUACUUGUAAAAGUUGACGAUAAUGUCCCUUUACCUGCACUGGUAAGUAUUAAUUUUGUAAUUUUCAGGGAAAUUGAAAUUGGGUUGUCUCUCAAGAAAUGGAACCAGAAAUUUUUAUAA